AUGCCUCUCCCUGAAAGAGUCCGAAGAUAUACCUUCUACACUCUAGGUGGUUUUAUUUUUCUAGCUCUUGCUAGUAUCAUCUUGUACAAUAAUUAUUUAUUGAUUGAGCCUCAUCUGCACAUCAUCUUUUGGAGCAUGUGCACGAGUAUAUUAUUAACCAAGCUUAAACAACCGAUCAAGUCAUUUCUAAUUUCAUACACAAAAUCUAUUGAUUACAAAAUUCGGAUUGUAUUUGCCUUGUUUUUCUGGGCCAAUUAUGCAUACUUUCUAAUGAAUUUCCUGAUACGAUGGUUUGAAUAUAAUCAUGGCCAAAGAUUUAUGUUCACAUUGAUUUAUAUACUGGUAGCAAUGAUUCUAUUGAGUCCUUUCUUAUUAACGACGGAUACUCUGUCUACUAUUGUCACCAUGAUUGUGGCCUCUUUUGUUUUGAUUUCUAUUACUCUGUUGGUGGCUAGGACAGGAUAUAUUGAAUCGAAAAAAGCAACAGAAUUAAUUGGUGAUUUUAUUGACAAGAACAAGGAUGUGUUUUUGGAGAGUAUUAAUAAUUAUAAAAACGCAAUUGUGGAGCAGACAAACAAUCACUCGAAUUUGUUACCCGUUACCAAACCAUCUGAAAAUGUGACAGUUUGGAAAACAGCAGAAAGAUAUUGUGACAUGAUGUUGGGUGCGGCGAACAGUCAAUACGACUUUUUGCAUAAUAUUACAUCCAUGGUCAUGUCAAAGAAAUCUGCCAACAACACACUUUCCUCCCUACUUGGAAACAAGUUUUGCAAAAAGCAAGUGAUUUAUUUACAAGACAACAUUUAUUCGUUCAUUCAAUAUUUAUUAGGAUUGGUAGCAUCUAACAUCAAUAUUCUUGGAUCAUCUUUACAGACAUUCUUUCAAACCCUAGUCGAUUUAAUUUCAAAUCUCAAAGUUUUAGUGUUUUCGUCAUUCCUUUUCAUAUUAUUUGUGUUUUAUUUUGUGAAGCAUGAUGAAUUUUUUGUGGAAACGGCCAAGAAAGUUUCUCCAUUGACUGAAGAAGAAAGCACCGUAAUUAUUGAGAGUAUUGACACCAAUAUUAUCAAGACAUUAUAUUAUUUGAUAUCCUUUGGUGUGAUCAAUUUUCUCAUCACUACUUUUUCAUUCUAUCUGGUAGAUUUUGAAAUUGUAUUUAUAUUCGGUUUUCUUUCAUUCUUUUUAUCAGUCAUUCCUCUUAUUAGUAAUUGGGUUAUAUGGCUUCCAGCCACUAUUUAUUUACUAAGUAGAGAUGGAUUUGUAUCUAUUUCAUGGGUCAUUGUGUUAGUAGCUCACCUUUCUCUAUAUGCUAUUGAUACCAUGCUCUUCACAAGACUCUUCAAAAAACGAAAUCCAACACUACUAGGUGUCUCAAUUAUUUUAGGCAUUUAUGUGUUUGGGCAAAGUGGAAUUUUGAAGGGUCCACUAUUUGUCACAUUGGCCGUAACAUUGUUUGAUAUCUUUUCAGGGUAUGUUACUAUGGCGAACAAAGAAGAGCAAAUUGUCAGCAGUGGUGGUACCAAUGUUGGAUCAAAAAGACCCUCCCAUUCCAAAACUCUGAGCUUCUUUGAAUUAUUCACUCCACGUGGAGUUGGUGACGAGAUUAUAAAAGAAGAAAUUGUUGCUGCUCAAACAACAACAGCAACUGAAUCAAGUAACACCAAGUAG